UGGUGAAAGUUUUCGAAGAGCCCAAUUAACACCGCAAUCCUGAAGGUCCCCAUAUAUAUCCGCUGCCGGCCUAUCUCAAUAUCUGUCAACAGUCGCAGAGCAUUUCCUCUACACAAAUCUACCACCCGUUUCUUCACAAACAAACCCUACAAAAUGCCUGCUAUCGAGCACCCCACUAUCAAGGAUGGCUGGUUCCGUGAGAUCUCCGGCAUGUGGCCUGGUCAGGCUAUGACCCUCAAGGUCGAGGAGGUCAUCCACCACGAGAAGAGCAAGUACCAGGAUGUCCUCAUCUUCAAGUCCACCGACUACGGUAUGGUCCUCGUCCUCGACAACGUCAUCCAGUGCACCGAGCGCGACGAGUUCUCCUACCAGGAGAUGAUCACCCACCUUGCCAUGAACUCCCACCCCAACCCCAAGAACGUUCUCGUCAUCGGUGGUGGUGAUGGUGGUGUCCUCCGUGAGAUCGUCAAGCACGACUGCGUUGAGAAGGCCGUUCUCUGCGACAUUGAUGAGGCCGUCAUCCGUCUGUCCAAGCAGUACCUCCCCGGCAUGUCUGUUGGCUUCGACCACCCCAAGACCGAGACCAUCGUCGGUGAUGGCUUCAAGUUCCUUGAGGACAAGAAGAACCAGUUCGACGUUAUCAUCACCGACUCCAGCGACCCAGAGGGCCCCGCCGAGGCUCUCUUCCAGAAGCCAUACUUUGAGUUGUUGAGCGGUGCUCUCCGCGAGGGUGGUGUUAUUACGACCCAAGCCGAGAACCAGUGGCUGCACCUCCACAUCAUCACCGACCUCAAGAAGUCUUGCAAGGCUGUCUUCCCCACCGUCGAGUACGCCUACACCACCAUCCCCACCUACCCCUCCGGUCAGAUCGGCUUCAUGGUCUGCUCCAAGGACGGCGAGCGCAACCUCAAGAAGCCUCUUCGCAGCUGGUCAUCCGAGGAGGAGGACAAGCUUUGCAAGUACUACAGUAAGGAGAUCCAUGAGGCUGCUUUCGUUCUGCCCACCUUCGCUCGCAAGGCUCUUGCCUCAGUCUAAAUCUACUGAGCUCGAUUUUUUUUUUGCAUACUACGAUAUACUAGAUACCACGACAUGUCAACGACCAUCAAAAGUACGAUUUGCU